AUGUCCGGCCUCAAGGCCUUCAUCGCCCUCUUCAUCUUCCGCUAUCUCCGCACGGUCGUGAGCAUCUUCGCGUAUGCCACGUAUAAACCCAAGCCAGUCCUCGAAAAGCCAACCUAUACCUCUGAUGACGUCUCCGUCAUUAUACCAACCACUUUCAAGACCCCAGACGAGAUUGCUCACUGCGUGCAGCGCAUCUUGGGCAACCGACCGGCCGCGAUCUUCAUGGUCACGGCCAACAUCAACGUCCCUCUGGUCGAGAGCCUCGUGGCCAUCCACACGUCGACCUCUACCAUCACCGUCCUUGGCGUCGACGAGCUCAAUAAGCGGAACCAGAUUCUCAAGGCCAUGCCUCUGAUCAAGACGAAGAUCACGGUGCUCGCAGAUGACGACGUGUUUUGGCCAGACAAUUACCUGGAAUACCUGCUCGCCAUCUUCGAAGACCCGGGCGUUGGCGCUGGCGGCACCCGUCAGAGAGUUCGUCGUAACGAGAACCCUGGCUCCUGGAACUUCCUGGGAAUCAGCUACUUGGAGCGCCGCGUCUGGAACAACUGCGCGACCAACGCGAUCGAUGGCUCCAUCUCGACGCUGUCCGGCCGAACUGCUGCGUACCGUACCGAUGUCAUCCAGAAAGACGAGUUCUACCACUAUUUCACACACGACACGUGGCGCGGCAAGCCCCUAAACUCCGACGACGAUAAGUGUUUGACCCGAUGGGUUUACUCGAAUGGUCACAAGAUCGUCCUGCAGUUCGAUUCUCGCGCAGUGAUCGAGACGACUGUCGAAGGCGACAUCAAGUACCUGAGCCAGUGCAUGAGGUGGGCCCGUGCCCACUGGCGUGGUAACUUUACUGUCAUGGAGAACGAGCAGUAUUGGCGGUCGCUGAGGUACAUCUGGGGCCUCUACUACAUCUACAUCAGUCAGUUCCAGACGCCUGCGCUCCUCAUUGAUGGACUCCUGUUCUUCUUCCUGCACCUUGCUCUUGAGGAUGCGACCUUGACGACAGCUCGCAUUGCGUACGUCGUCCUCGCCAUCUGGAUCAUCUUCACCAAGAAUCUGAAGAUGAUUCCUCAUUUCCGAAAGUAUCCGCAGGACCUCAAGUUUGUUCCAAUCGGCAUCGUGUUCAGCUAUUUCCACGGCCUCAUCAACCUUUGGGCAUUGUUCACCAUGAAGACGACGCAUUGGGGUUCGCAAAACCUCACCAGCCUCCAGCAAUCCAGAGCAGACGACGCAGAGGUGAUCCCAUUGUUGAAGAACACUAUUGACGAGCCAACUCUGGGACAUGACAUGAUCGGGGACGAUUACUUCGCCGCGGAGCAGACCUCUUAG